AGUAGAAAGCAUCAAUUGUAGUGAUAUCAUGACAUCCGAGGACUUGUGCAAAAGUAAUGAUUGGCAGGAAUGGGCAGACCAGCUUAUCACUGACGAUGAUGUGUUGGCCUCCAAUUGGAAUGAGCGUCUUGUUGACAAUGUUAUGGAUAUGGAACCAUAGGUGCGGAUUUUUUUUCCUAUCAUGGAAGAUUAUACUUAACCACGUAAACUUUAAACUUAUGGCAUAUCAGGUGGCAAAACCAUACACAACCGUAUCUGAACAGAAACCCGAAGUACAUCAGCAGCUUCCUUCUCCAUCUGCAGCAAGUCACAGUGUUGUAAACUCCUCUUCAUCAGCAAAUAAUGCCCCAGCAAAGCCACGAAUGCGGUGGACACCAGAACUUCAUGAAGCCUUUGUUGAGGCUGUCAACCAACUAGGAGGCAGCGACAGAGCUACUCCAAAGGGGGUUCUGAAGCUUAUGAAGGUUGAAGGCUUGACUAUUUAUCAUGUUAAAAGUCAUUUGCAGAAAUAUAGGGCUGCCAGAUACAGACCAGAGUCAUCAGAAGGAUCCUUGGAGAAAAAAACGACUUCUACGGAAGAUUUAGCAUCUCUGGAUUUGAAAGCGGGUAUGGGGAUCACUGAAGCUUUGCGGCUACAGAUGGAAGUCCAGAAGCAGCUGCAUGAACAACUUGAGAUACAAAGAAAUUUACAGUUGCAAAUAGAAGAGCAAGGGCGGUACCUCCAUAUGAUGUUCGAGAAGCAAAAGUCGGGUUUUGACAAGCUGAAGGUGUCACCUUCUGAUCCAGAGAAUCGAUCCACUCCUUCAGAUGCUACCAAAGAGACGCCUGCAAAAGGCAAACUUGAAGCCUCCCAGACAAAUCAUGUAAAUUCUGGAACUGACGUUAAUGUCAAGUCCAUCUUGGAGACGAGUUCAUGA